ACAGCGGCAGAUGACAGCAGCUUGCGGCACUCGUCAACAUCGUCGUAGCUAGAUUUGCAAAUUUAUCCGUUAGCUGGCUACUUCACACCACCUGAAAACACCUUUGAACACCAACUUUGACUCCUAUCGUCGACUGAAAAUGUCUAAAAAACAGAUUUACUAUUCGGACAAGUACACCGACGAAGAGUUUGAGUACAGACAUGUCGUGCUUCCAAAGCAGCUGUCCAAACUGGUGCCCUCCUCCCACCUCAUGACAGAAGACGAGUGGAGGGGACUCGGGGUGCAACAGAGUCAGGGCUGGAUUCACUACAUGAUCCACAAACCAGAGCCACACAUACUGCUUUUCAGAAGACCUCUCCCAAAGGAUUAAAUGGGAACCAUCUGUAAAAUACCUGCUAUUAUCUGUGUUGAUUUGUAUUGUCUUUGGACCAUACAUCUCUCCCACAUACAUCUCUACAUGCGUUCUUAUGUAUAGUGUAGAAAAAACCUUAAUUGUAUUGUUUUUUGUUCUUUCAAACUCCCUCAAUUUAUAGAGGUAAUGAGAGAGUCAAAUAGCUUGAUUCCACUGUGAAUGAUAACCUUAUAAACAGCAAGGUGAAAGUUUGCCUGUCAAUUGUACAUUUUUAAUACAUUUUUUAAAUGUCUGUUAUUUUGUUGAGAUUGAUUUAUUUACUGAGUGGUCAUACAGCCAUGAGGUUUUAUUUUUCUCAAAUCCAUGAUUUUCCUAAAGUUUUCUGUGUUUGAACACUUCUGUUCUUUAAACUUAUGUUUGUUUAAUGUAAAUAUAUUAUUUCUAGAUAUACAUUUUGACAGUGAGCUGUGGUUGAUUCAACAAGUUUGUUGCUGUGAGGGAAAAUAAAAUGUACUUCAUCA